AUGGGGCAAAAGACAAGUAAACUAAACAAAGAGGAUAUCUCAACUCUGAGACAAGAAACGAAAUUUUCUGCGCGAGAGCUCCAGCAAUGGUACAAAGGGUUUCGUAGGGACGUCCCAAACGGCCAACUGACAAAAGAGGAAUUUACCAAGAUUCAUAAACAAUUCUACCCGUUUGGCGACCCUACCGAGUUCUCUUCAUAUGCAUUUGAGGCCUUUGACACAAAUGGGAAGGGUUACAUUGACUUUCAUAGCUUCAUUAUUUCUUUGAGCUUGGCAUCGCGAGGCUCAAUAGAAGACAAGCUUAAAUGGUCAUUCAACGUGUAUGAUCGUGAUAGAGAUGGCUUCAUCAGCUAUGAUGACCUCCUCACAGUAAUAAAAAGCAUAUACAGAAUGGUGGGCACCAGCACAUUGCAUCUAUCUGAAGACGAAGCUACUCCAGAGCUGAAAGCGGGCAAAAUAUGGCAAGGUUUUGGCAAACAGCUACACGACUCCCAAGAUCUCAUAUCCAUCGAAGAAUUCAUUAAUCAUAGAAAUUUGAGUUCCGAGGUGCUUGAAGCACUGAACAUAUACAAUGAUCUGGUGUGA